AUGCGUAAUAAGAAAGUGUGGGAGAACAACUGUGUCACACCGAGUUUAGCGAUGGAUUGGACUGAGGGUGAGUUAAAGCUGAACGUAGACGCAUCGGUCAUGGAGGGCUCUACAUCUUUCUCUAUUGGGAUGGUUCUCAGAAAUCACAACGGGCAAUUUGUGGAAGGCAGAAACUUCAGAGGUGCUGGGCAUGCAACUGUACUUGAGGCUGAAACUCGAGGACUGGUUGAAAUUUUGUACUGGGCUAGAAAUAUACCGGGGAAGAAAGUCACUGUUGAGAGUGACUCAUUGCUCGCUGUUAAUGCCAUCCGCAGGAAGGUGAGGUAUCAUCUGGAGGUUGGUUACAAUAUUGAGCGUUGCCAGGCUAUUCUUGAGGACAACAGGAACAUCUCUCUGUUUUAUUAG